CUCAUGCAAGCCACAAUAUUAUGUAAUGUGAUCCAUAUCAGCAAUAUUCCUCUCAUCACCACCAGCAGAUCAUUCAAUUCCGAUGGGGAAAAAAGGAGGCUGGUUUUCGUCAGUAAAGAAAGUUUUCAAGUCGUCGUCCUCGUCAUCCUCUUCUUCUAAUAAGAAUUUGUUGCCGGCUCCGGCGCCUGCCAAAAAGAAGGACAACAACACAGGGAAGAAACAGCAGCACCAAGUACCAGCAGCAGCAGAAGUUGUGCCUUUUGAGCGGUUUCAAGCAGAGACUUCACCAAAUGUGAUAACUGAGGAGAGUGCCACGUCAUCAGCGUUUGGGGCUGAAGACAGGAAUCAUGCUAUUGCGGUUGCGGCAGCAACUGCAGCGGCUGCGGAGGCAGCGGUUGUGGCUGCUCAGGCUGCCGCUAGAGUUGUGAGACUGGCGGGUUAUGGGCGGCAGUCCAAGGAAGAGAGAGCGGCAACAGUGAUUCAGUCAUACUACAGGGGUUACCUGGCUCGACGCGCUUUGCGUGCAUUAAAGGGACUUGUGAGGUUGCAAGCGCUGGUGAGGGGACACAAUGUGCGGAAGCAAGCUCAGAUGACAAUGCGGUGUAUGCAAGCAUUAGUGAGGGUGCAAGCACGAGUGAGAGCUCGCAGGAUUCAGCUCAAUCAUGAGAAGCAUCUUCAUCAUCAUGAAGUAGAUGAUGAUAUUGAUGAUGAGCAAGAAGUACAAGUUCAUCCGAAGCAAGUUGCCAAUAAUAAUAAGCCUAUCAUGAUGAGCCCCAUGAGAAAUAGUGAUGGUUGGGACAAUAGGCAUCAAAGUAGCAACAAGGUUAGGGAAAAUGAUUUGAGGAAACAUGAUACUGCAAUGAAGAGGGAGAGAGCUCUUGCUUAUGCUUUCAACUCCCAGCAGCAACCACAUAAUCAAUACAUGCAAACAGCUCCAAAUAGUGAUGACAUGGGAACUUAUUAUCCCAAUGAGCGUGAAAAAGCCCAAUGGGGUUGGAACUGGUUAGAGCGUUGGAUGUCAUCUCAACCGCACAAUGUUAAGCACCUGAGCCCACGUGAGACCCCUUAUAUGAAUCUUGCUUCAACAACCUCAACUACAACAGAUAACAUGUCUGAGAAAACCGUAGAAAUGGACAAGAUUGCAACUCCAGGCCCAAGUAAUAAUCUCAACAUGGGCCCAAUGAACCAAGACUUUGUUGACCAAAGCCCAAUUCUAAGUAGACAACAUCAAAGACCUCCAAGCCCAAGUAGACCCAGCUAUAUGGCACCAACUCAGUCUGCAAAGGCCAAGGUUCGGGAUCAAGGCCCAAGCAAACCACGGGCCUCACCUGGGCCACAGUGGAACUCAUCGACAAAGGGAGGUUCUGUUACGGGUUCAGGCUGUGACUCGUCUAGCUCCGGUGGAACAACAAGUUACCAAUAUACCAGGAGCCCAAGCCCAAAGAUUAAUGGGUUUCGUCCUCAAUCUAGAAGGAUAGUUAGCAGCAACCCAGAUUACAUUGAAGACUGGGCCAUUCAACUUGGAACUCAUGGUUGGGCAUAGUUUGAUUCGUUCAUUCAUAUGCUGUCUUUUUAUGAGGGAAAGAAAAGAAAAAUCAAAAUUACAGUAAUUGUUGUAAGAGAUUGUACCGUGGAAUAUACAUAUAAGAGGUUGCAUUGUGAGAUUGAUCAUAUGACAUGAAUCGGUAAUUAUGACAACUUAAUAACGACAUGUUUGUUUUGAACUUCUAUUUUCAGACUGUAAUAUCCAGAACAACUUUUUUUUUUUAA